AUAAACAUUUGGCGACACCAACGGGGAAAGGCAAUAUGGCGGACAGUGGCAUACGGUACAUGAGACCUGCACGACCCGAGGAGGAUGUGUUUGAGGAUUUCCACCAAAACGGUAUUUUUAUGUGUUGCCACCACCUCACUCUCAGCGCCGUUCAACCCCUACAGGAACAGCUCGUCAGGGAAACCUUUACGCACCUUUAUAGGAAAGUGCCUAACCUGCGGGCCUGUUAUGGUGUUCGAGAAGGAAAGCGAUGGAUGUGCGAGAUGGCCUCAGAGAACAUCGACUUUGAGGUCGUACCAGACGAUGGUGUGGAAGAGGUCUUCCACAAGUUCCAUUUAUUGAAGCGACAUCCAUUUGACUCUACCCGAGGACCGCUGUGGCGCGCUAGGCUCCUACCUGACACGGAACCAACAGCCAUGCCAGAACUGAAUGAGUCCUUCCCUCACAACUACCACCUUCUAUUUGCCAUCCACCAUGGCAUCACAGAUGGCCUUUCAUCUGUAAAAAUCUGUGGAUUUAUCAUCAGUCUGCUGAACGAUAUGAUGGCUGGGAGAUCCAUUGACGACGAGGAAGAGCUGGGGCAGUUUGACGCGGGUGAGGAGACCUUCAGAUUGGUGAAGGAGAGGAAGCACCAGAUGGAAGUUGACCCAACACUGAGAGAGAAGUUGGUUCAAGAUUUUCAGUCCACCAUGAGGAAGGUUGCUGUGAUGAACGGAGUAUUUCCUGUGCCUCUAGACUCAGAAGAUAAGAGCCUCAACCUGACUCGUAGCCUCAGCCACAGUGACACCUCCAGGUUUUCCAGUAGGUGCAGGUCUGAGGGUGUUACAGUUCUCUCGGCUUUCACUGCCCUUGUCAACAUCGCCUUGAUUGACCUCCUUAAGGAUCGAGGGGUCAUGCAAGACACCUAUGAGAUUGGAGGUGCCCACAGCAUGAAUUUGCGGCGAUACUGGAAAGAUAACAGAGACACCACCCGCGCGCUGGGCUGCCACUUGAGCUGGAUCAAACUCAUCACUGACACACCCAAGGAUGCUGGGGAUGCCUUUUGGGACUACACUCGAACUUUGCACCGGGACCUCCAGAAACACCAGUUGGAGGCCACACCUGUGCAAGAGAUAAUGCUCAUUCACAUAUUCCAUUCAGAACCUCCAAAUGUGGAGGCUAUGCUGGCAUUUCUCCCACCGCCUCACUUCUACACUAUUUCAAAUUGGGGUGACAUAACCUCCCUUCUGCCCCCACCAGGUGAUCUGGUGCAGCUGACGUGGCUCAACAUGUCAUCAUCAUUAUACAGGUUUAACACUGGUUAUAAUCACAUGAUGCAAACUUUCCGUGGACGGUUCUUGUACGGCCUCGACUACUCGACCAAGUGCGUGUCAACGGAGGAAGCUACCCUGUACGCCGACACCAUCUUCAAACAUCUUCACCAAGUUAUACAGUGAACUGAUGCUGUCUGGCAGCCUGGGUCCAGGUCCUCAAAGAGUGGUUUGUAAGAUUUUCCUUUCAGCUUGAGACAAAAGAAUGAAUCAGUCAUCUUCAGAACAUAGCUUAAAAGUGAACUAGUUUGAUGAUUUUUUAUAAAUACUGUACUCAUUCUUUUGAGUCAUUAAGCCUGACUUUAUUGAGCACUGCCUAUCACUGGUUAGCAACAAUUUAAUACUGUUUUUUGGUUCAAUUGCUCCAACUGCUAGGAUCUUUUACUCUUAUAAAGUACAUUAUAGUUCUAUUAUGUAUCAAACUCUUACGCAUCUUGUUUCUUUUUAUUUUAUUGACUCCGUACAUACAGUACUAAGACUAAACAUAUGAUGACUUCAUUGAGUUAGCUUUGGUUUGAACCAAUUUACUGUUUACCAUUCUUUGUAUACCAGCACUGUCUAUCUGCAUACUGUAUACCCUCCACUGUCUAUCUACAUACUGUAUACCCUCCACUCAC